GUGGGAACCAAAGUACCCAAAUUGCAAUAUUGAGGGCAUUGGCUAAUAAUCAAACGCCCAAACAUUGAAAUCCCGACUUCCCUCUCUUCUCAACACUCCUACAGCUGUACACCAUUCUUCAUUUGCCGAGUAGUAUCAAACAAAAAAUGGAGAACAAUGGCGGAGGAAGAGGUGUAAUUAUGGGGAGCAUGGGAACUAUCAAUUUCUCUCCUCCUUCAGUCCAAGAAGAAACAAUGGAUCUCACGGGCCGUGUGCAUCACCUCCCUUGUUGCGUCAAAUUCAAUGGACCCUCUGACAUUUCUCACUAUUUCAAGCCCAAAUCUUCUGGGGUUGAGAUUGACGGUGGUUUACAAGUAGAAGAAGCCUUCUUCAGGGGCAGAAAUUUGCAGGGAGUUACUGUUCCUCUUCCUGAUGGAUAUUCUGGAUAUAUAAUAGGAAAGAAGGAUCCCGGUAAAGGUAAGACUAAGAAAACAGCUGGAAGCGGUAAAGCUCCCGAUUCCAGUAGCAUUGAAAAUAACUGGGAGAUGCUAGCUAAAUGUGGAAAUAUGACAUUUUGGAACCAUGACCGUUUUCCUUCACAAGAUGACGCCUCUCUACGUUUGUUUCAUUGUUUUGCUGUCGCCAAGGCGUUGCAUGAACCAGUGAACCCAGAAGAUUUGACUGAAGAUCGGAAGUCAUGACAGAGAUGAGAAGAGCUGUAGUCUGCAAUGCACUCUAACUUUUACGCGAAGAUAAUGAAGAUCUAAUUGUAUUUCUGAUUCAUAGAAUUCAUAUGAUAUUUUGUCAAUCUUGUACGGUUUGCAAUUCAACAUUGUAUGCAAUCUAAGCUCUUGUUUUAUCCUCCAUUAGGCGGAUGUGUUUUUGUAAUCUUUUUCGAUGUACGUAGGUAGAAAAUCUUCUUUAAUUGGUUAUCAAGUCGUUUACAGGAUACGUCCUGAUGGUGCUUGAUAUCGAUUCUGUACGAUCGGGAGUUUUGUAUUUGAGCACAGUUUUUUCUCCAUUGUUUUCAGUUCAA